AUGGCUCCCGCUGUUGCGCUGGCGCGCUCGUUCCGGGGCACGAUGCCCGGCGGCAACACCGACGCGGACGGCACGCUGGGCUCGCCCGGCGGCCCUCUGGCCGAGGCCGGCCGGUUGCUCGCGCGGGACCAUGGCUCGCCGCCCAGGGGAGACCCCUCGCACGGGGUGCUGGACCCGCACGACAUCAACAACGCCGGCUUCUUUGUGCUGUUCGCGCUGAUCGGGGCGGCGUUUGUCUUGACAGGCAUCUGGUUCUUCUUCUGGGCCAAGAACGGCGGGUUCCACUUCAAGGAGAACGACUGGGAGGAGUACAAGUCGACGGUGCUGCGGCGCAAGGGCCCCAACGGGACGGUGCUGACGGGGGCGACGCCGUCGACGGACCUCGGGGGCGGCAGCGUGUACAAGGACGUGGGCAGGGGUAGGGGCGAGGGCGAGGGCGAGGGCGACGACGACGGCACCACCGUGGUGACGGAGAGCACGGCGCUGAGCGGCGUCACGGCGGGGGCGAGCGACGUGGCGGCCAGGGAGGAGCGCCGGGCCAAGCAGCAGCGGCGGGAGCGGGAGCGCCGCAAGCGCCGCGGCGACAAGGCGAGGGCGGCGGCGGCGGCGCAGGCAGAGGACGGCGGCGGCUGCGACGAGGCGGCCGAGAAGGCAGCCGAGGAGCAGCUCCGCAGCUACCGGCACGAAAAGGCCGCCCGGGUGGGCGGGCUCAACAAGGAGGCGGACGGGUCGCAGUGGGACGGGUCGACCAACCCGGCCGACUCGACCGUGUCGUCCGAGCUGCUGUCCAGCCGGCAGACGGCGAUGACGGGGACGACGGGGACGACGGGGACGACGGGGACGACGGGGACGACGACGGCGGCGGCGGCCAGGAAGGCGGGGGCGAUCCGCAAGGUGUACUCAACGGCGGACCGCAACGCCGCGCGCGAGUCGGAGCGUCUGCGGUCCGAGGCGCGCAGCCGGGCGCGGGAGGAGAGGCGCGCGGCUCGUCGCGACUUUAGCUACGACCGGCCGGGGGCGUCGGAGAGCGCGGCCAGCGAGAGCCUGCUGGAGGGGAGCGACCUGGGGACCAAGAGCUAUCAUCACCCGCGGCCGGAGCUGAGGGCGCUGAGGGAGCAGGAGCGGGAGGAGCGGAGGGCCCGGCGCGCGGGGCACCGGGGAUGA